AUGAGCGCCUGGAUGAACGACGCCGCCCCCAACCACAAUGGCAACAACGGCUUCCCGCACAUGAACGACCCAAACGCCGCUGGUGCCAUGAUGGAUCCGUCUGCCUUCAUGGCCAACCAGGCCCAAUUCAACCCUAACCAAUUCGCGAACCAGCAACAGAUGGCGGCGAUGCAAAACGGUCCGAUGCGCCACGCCUCCCCGACCGGCGCCUACCAGGGCCAGAACCAGCAGCCGCAGAACCAGCCGAACCCGAAUCACGUUUAUCAACCAAACUCGGUCAUUCCAUCCAAGCGACCCCGACCGCGCGAAGACAGCAUCACGGGCUCCCCCCGGCAGAACCCUGGGAUGCAGCCGCCGUCGCGUUCCGAAACGCCUCAGCAGCAAAACUUUCCUGGCUUCCAGGCUGGCGUUUCCAUGGCGCCGCAACAAACUGCGGGACAGUUUCCGCACCUCCAGCCGAACGGCUCCGCGAACGCGAGUCCCUCGCCCAUCAUGGGAAACCAAAUGCGACCGGGCAAUGUGCCUCAGCGAGUAGCGACCGCGUCUCCCCACCCAUUCUCGCCCGGCGCCCAGCAGUUCGGCGGUGGCUCCCAGGCGUCGCCCAUACCCUCAGAGCAUGGCACUCCGCAGCCGAACGCGUACAUGCAAAACAUGCCGCAGGGAUACAACCCUGGUUUCGCACCGUCGCCAUCAAAUCCGCGUCCGUCGCCCAACCCUAACGCGAUGACUGCCGACAUGAUGAUGGCGCAGCAGAUGGGCCAGCAAGUUGGCCCGCACAUGGGCCAGCAGAUGGGUCGGCAGAUGGGCCAGAUGCCCCAGCACAUGGGCCAAAUGACUCCCCAGAUGUACCAGCAGAUGCAGCAGCAGAUGCAGCAACAGCAGCAGCAACAUCACCACCAACAGCAGCAGCAACAGCAACACGCCCAACACGGCCAGCAACCACAGCAGGGACAGGUGCCGCCGCAACAUCGGCCGCAGAACAUGUCGGACCAGCAGAAGAUGGCCGCCUAUCAGAUGCGCCUUCAACAGCAGCUCCAGGGAAACAUGCAGAUGCAGGCGCAGAUGCAGGCCCAAAACAUGGGCCGAGGAAUGAUGCCAAAGCAGCAGAUGCAAGGUGUGGCUAAUGGCCAGGUACCUCAAGGCGCCAUGCGACAGCAACCUCGGCCAAUGGCCAACAUCAACCCGGAGCAGUUCAUGAAGAAUCUCACCACGUUGAUGAAUGCCAAGGGCCUUCCACUCGACCCGAAUCCAAUUGUUGGUGACCGGCCGGUCAACCUCGUCAUGUUGUUCCAGGUGGUACAAUCUAAGGGUGGCUUCAAGAACGUGACGGCGGCGAAUGGCUGGGUUCAUAUUGCCCAUGCUCUCGGAUUGCCGGCGCAGAUCCCGACCGUUGCGCCGACGUUGAAACAGGUGUACGAGAGGAACCUGUCAAAAUUCGAGGAAGUUUGGAUGGCACAGCAGAAGCAGAGGAUGAUGCAACAGAACGUCGGCAUGGCGAACCAAGGCACACCGCAGAAGCAGAUGCAGCCUGGCCAGCAAAUGAGCCAAGGACAAAUGCCGCCUGGACAACAACCGCCUCAACCACAGCAGCAGACGCCAGUGAAGGCCGGACAGCCUCCUGUCAAUGGUUUUUCCACGCCGCAGGCGCAGCAGCAGCCGCCGCCGCCGACUGUUCCCGGCCACAACCGCAACAGCUUGUCACAUGCCUCUGUUCCGAACGACUUCUCGAUGCAAUCCCCUGCUCAUCAACGGCCUGGCAGCAUGUCCAUGACGCCGGGCGACCCACGACACCCUGCUCCCAUGACAGCGACCGCCACCGAUCCGACCAUGCCACGCCUACCCCCAAAGUCUGACGAGUACAGCCCCUGUGCGCGGGAGCUGUCGACAUACGGCGGUGUCGACCUCCAUGCUGCGAGCUCGCUGGGAGCUGAGCUGGAGAGGUGGGAGCCAUCCGUGCCUUCAGUCAACGAUCUCGGCAACAUUGAUAUCCACGCUCUUACGAGGAGUCUCCAAAGUGGUAUUCACGGAGAAGUGCGCUUGGCUCUCGACACUCUUGCCACCGUGUCGGCAUCACCAGGGCAGAUGCACUUCAUGCAACUACGCUACUGUGAGGAUCUGGUCGAUGCUCUGGUCGACUGUGCAGAAGAGCAGCUGGACCUGCUGGCCGAGCACACGGUGGAGGUUUGCGACGAAAUCCAGCUCACGCCUUACGAGGAGGUGGUCAGGGCUUGCAGGGUGGAGCGAUGGGCAGUGAGGGACGUUCCGGUGUUUGGUUCGACCGAGUACCAGCUGGACCGUGCCGUCGACAGGCUCAUUUGCAUCACCACAAUCCUGCGCAACGUCUCCUUCCCUGGCGAACAAAAUGACAACCACAACUUCCUCGCAGACGAAUCAGUCAUCAAGAUGCUCUGCGUCGUUAUUCGAUACCUCGGCACCCGCACGAUGCUGCUGCGCACCCACAGCAACACCCUGGACUUCAUGAAGGACGUGGUCGUUCUGCUCUCCAACGUUGCAGGCUCGAUAGAGAUACCCGGGCGGGAACAGGCACUGUGCCUUCUCCAGUUCUUGCUCUCUUUUGCUCCGACACCUGGCCCUACUACCACCAACAAGGCCCUCCACUUCCCGACUUACGAACCCAGCCUCCACUCCUACGCCCCUCACUCCGUCGACGCGCUCGCUAAACUGCUGGCACGAGACGAGCCAAAUCGGGGCUACUACAAGCAGCUGUUCUCGACGGAUGCAAACAACGCUGGGGCAUACGAGCUGCUAACUCGAACAUUUGCUCUGGCCAUCUCGCCGUUGCCCGACAAGACGAAGGAGCAGAAUCGGAACCCCGCCCUCCCUUCACUCAUCGAGACGCGAAAGCCAUUCCUGAUGCAAGGGUUGCUAUCUGCGGAGAUUCUAGCGUCACUAGCACCAGGACCCGAGGCUGGCGUCGCGAGGAGCUGGCUCACGUCAGAAAAUCAGCUCGCUCAGAACAUCUACCGGCUGGUUCAGGACCUCGGCAUGUUGUACGAAAAACCGCCACCACCGCCCCCGCCGGCCGCCAGGGGCGCGAAUCGCGCUCCGCCUCCCAGAAAAGACCCCGAGCUUGUGUAUAUUGUUGUCGUGGCUGUCGCCCUGCUCAGGAGGCUGGUAGAGAAGGCUCGGGAUCCUCAGAACCGCAGCUCGUCUGUCCCGAGCGACUUACUCCCGCAAUCCCAACUGCUCAUGAACGCCUUGACGAUGCAAGCACCGGAGUGGACAAAGGAGGGCAUGCUCCCGCAGCUGACGGCCAUCUACAACAUGUAA